AUGUCUGGCAAACGAAUUCUUGACGCUCUGGCGUUGGUCAACGUUUCCAGGAAAAUCGCAAUCAAGCACAUUGACAUUCGAUUCUCACAAGUCCAGCUCUAUGGCAAGACGUCCUCCAUCUUCAAAGCCUGGAACAAAGACGGACUCCCACUAUUAGCCAAGACUGUUUCGCAAUUUUCCUCCUCUCCAUCCCCUCCAAAGCCAGCGACAGGAGGCAUCCAAGACCAUUUUUACAACCGAUCAAAUGAGAACUCUCCCUCGAAGCCGGCCCCCGAUGAGACUCUGAAUGUCGAACAGGUACAAGCUAAACGAUCUGCUUUGCCAGAUGGGACAAUUCCACCCGAAGACAGUCCCGGUGGACACGAAACAAGUGAUGGAAUAAGCUACGACAAAGGACCUGCUGGAGAGACACCACGGUACCCGGUCAAAGCCCUGGGAACAGAUGAUUUACAUGUGAAGCCUUCCAACAACUCGCUUAUACCUGACCCUAUGCUCAAUAAACAGUCUCUUUCCUCCGAUGAAGUUAAAAGACUUCAACGCGAGUCAGAAGACCAAAUACCCGCGAAGACAGCUGAACCUUCAGGUCCGGAUGAAAACAGCCUAGAGUUUAGUGUGGAGCAAGAGCAGGAUGUCUUCUACCAGCCCCCGGAUAGUGUGAAGCCCGUACUGUCAGCACUACCACGUGUCCGCGUUCCCAAGGCCGAAAAUGAUAUACAAGAAGGAGAUUCGCAUAUUCCCCUCGGUCUCAAUGCAGAUGUAUAUUAUUCUGGAUCUAAGCGAGACGACAUGGAGGGACCUUCGGAAGAACAAUUAUCGCAACUUUUCCAUAACCCCAGGAACGCAAGAUUGUUAGGCAGCAAGGCCAGAUACGUUCCUGGAGGAGUUGUGUCUAGGCAAUUUCACACCACGGGCGUGGCUUGGCAAAAGGCGUCUGAUACAGACACGGAGAGCAUCAAACAACUAGCAGCAGACCUGGCUGAAGACGCACAGAGGACAAAUUCACGGCGAGUCCAGAACGUUCAACCUUAUCAGAUGCGUGAAUCGAGAGUUCCUUCGUCGAGAAUUGGCCGUCUCUUCGAGUACGGAGGAUUAGCCGCCUCGAUGGCUUUUGGCGUGGUCAGUGAAAGUAUUGGCCGCUCAGGCGGUCCUGAAGGAUCGUUAAUGCUGAGUGCGGCAAACAUGGAACGUCUUGUCACCAAAUUGUCGAAAAUGCGAGGUGCUGCCCUGAAACUAGGUCAAAUGAUGAGCCUUCAAGAUGCCAAACUUCUGCCAAAGCCCGUUCAUGACGUGCUCCAGCGUGUGCAAGAUGGCGCAGAUUACAUGCCCGCUUCGCAGAGAGAUGCAGUGAUUGCCGCCGAUUUGGGUCCCAAUUGGCGCGAGUUGUUUGAGCACUUCGACGGGCGUCCCAUGGCUGCCGCCUCUAUUGGACAAGUUCACGGAGCAGUGUUGAAGUCGGGAAAGCGGGUUGCAGUCAAGGUCCAGUACCCUGGUGUGGCCGAUUCGAUUGCUUCAGACCUCAAUAAUCUCUCCAUCCUUCUUACCGCGUCCCGUCUUCUCCCCAAAGGCUUGUACUUGGAGAAAACCAUAGCCAAUGCCCGCACCGAGCUGGCAUGGGAGUGCGAUUACCUCCGCGAGGCGGAAGGUGCCAAACGGUUUCGUGAGUUGUUAGCAGACGACCACGAGGUCUUCACCGUCCCAGAAAUUAUCGAUGAAGCGUCGGGAAAGCAAGUCUUGACCAUGGAGAAAAUGGAUGGCAUCGCAGUUACCAAGAUUCAGAACCUCACUCAAGAGCAGAAGGAUUGGAUUGGAACACAGAUCCUCCGUCUGUGUCUGCGAGAAAUCACAGAGUUCAAAUACAUGCAGACCGAUCCGAACUGGACAAACUUCCUCUACAACGCAAGCACGAACAAGUUGGAACUCUUGGAUUUUGGGGCCUCGAGAGAAUAUCCGGACAAAUUUAUCCACCCUUAUGUUCGGGUUCUCGAAGCGGCGUCGCGAAAAGACAGAGACGCCUGCAGAGAUUUGUCCAUCCAGCUGGGCUAUCUCACCGGUUACGAGUCUAAGACCAUGCUGAACGCCCAUAUUGAUUCGGUUAUGACACUCGCCGAACCCUUCAUGGAUUUUUCCCCCGACAAGUAUGAUUUCCAAAACCAAACAAUCACCGACCGUGUUCGUAGCCUCAUUCCGGUCAUGUUGAGGGAAAGACUAGCUCCACCACCAGAGGAGACAUAUAGUCUGCACCGAAAACUGAGUGGUGCAUUCCUCUUGUGUGCAAGACUAGGCAGUCGGGUCGGGUGUAAAGAGCUGUUCCAGCACGCGCUCACCAAAGCCGGUCGGCGGUGA